AUGUCUCGAUGCGUGACGCUUUUGCUGCUACUGGCAGCAAUUUUCGUCGUCACUGAUGCGAGUGAUGCCAAACAGGAAAUCUUACGUACGCAUAUGUCAACCAAGACGUUAUAUGCGCCUCCUUUGUCUACAGAAUCGAAUAUUCAAGAAGAUAUGUGCACCCCCGUGCAGCUCAAUUUUGUUAUUCGUCACGGUACUAGGAAUCCCACAAUGAAGGACAUCAGGCGAAUUAACAACACUCAUUCGAGGAUAUUAUCAAAUCGUAAAGUGGGGUCAUCAUGGACGUGGGUAGGGGACUGGAAGAACCCGUACCCGAAAGAGACGGAAGCGUGGCUAGCAGAUCGUGGACUUCAUGAACUUAUUGAGAUUGGAAAGCGGCUAAGAGCUCGAUUGUCUCCGUUUCCAGUGUCUUUUGAUUCAAAAAAGUUUGUGUUUGAACACACGUGGAAGAUCCGGACACGGCAAAGUGCUGAGGCCUUUGCAUUCGGAUUCUUUGACGGACUUCAGCCAGUGUACUACCAUAGCUAUCCGAUCGGAGAUGAUCAUGUACUGCGAUUCUAUGACAAUUGCCCGAUAUUUGAGAUGCAGAUUGAUAAGAAUAAGAGUGCUACUGUUGAACACAUGAAAUAUCGUGAUAGUGAGCUGAUGCACAAGAAUCUGGCAACGUUUCAAAAGUUGUCGGAGUUUUCGGACGCGACACAGAAGGAUAUGGAGGCGGCGUAUGCUGGUUGUGCUUUCGAUGUAGCUGUGCUCAAUGUGUUUGACAAUUGGUGCUCGUUUUUCAAUAACGAAAUGCUGCUUUCUAUGGACUACUUUCAAGAUCUCAAGCAUUUCUACAGGAAAAGUCACGGUCAUGCGCUGUCCUACGAAAUCGCGACGCCACUAUUACAGGAUAUUUUCCAAACCAUGAAGCAGCGUGUGGAUGGCAAGAACGACGUGGAAGGAUACUUUCGCUUUGCGCAUGCCGAGACUAUUUUGCCUUUGGCAUCGCUUUUGAAUGCUAGCUACUUUGAUCGUCACGCUAGUGAUCGUGAAGGUCACUUCCGCGCGGACACUCCGCUGGAUCUAGCACUCCAGCGAAAGUUCAAGAGCUCUGAAUUGGCCCCUUUUUCCGCCAACAUUGGUUUUGUACUCUACGAGUGUGCUGCGACGACAGAAGACGCCAGGCCAACGUUCAAGGUGCAGACAUUGCUCAACGAGCAUGAGGUGAUAUUCAACGAGUGCAAAGGCCAAGUGCUUUGUCCAUUCGACGUGUUGGAGAAUAUUUUUCGCAAGUGGAUAUACGAGUUUGACUUCCACAAGUACUGUGCACUUGAUUAA